CGAUGGUGUGCCGUGUGCCCAAGAUGUGCAGCAAUGAGCAGGAUGAGCAGUGAGUUGCUCCCUGCGAGCAUUAUCAUCUUUUGUCUAUAUUGCGUACUGUCAAGUUCUUUAAAUUGCAAUAAAAAAUAUAUUUGAUUCGGGUAUUUUGUAAUCGUUUCUCGUUAAGUAAGUUAUGAACUGGUUUAUGAUAGCAAGAUACUUGUCAUUUUUAUUGGAACAAGAUUUCUAAUUAAACAAUUUAUCUCACGUUACGAUCGUGCUCGAGUGCUACUCUAUUUAAGUUGCGCAGUAUAAACAUAGUUUCGAAGUAGAUAUAAUUAAACACAAUGAGGUUGACGAUAACCUUGUUUCGAAUGGGCGAAUGGUCGAAGAAAUACGCGAAUUUACCAGAUCGUUAUAUUAAACGCGUGACAGAGAAGAUUUACUGGAAGCCACCACCUGGCAAACCAAAUUACCUUCCACGCACAAUAGAGGCAAACAAGAAGUUGUACUGGUCUAUCCACAGGCCUUGGACUACUUCGUUCCAAGCAGAAAAUUUUAUAGUGAAAAGGAGACAAUCUAUUCCAGUUGAGCCCAUCAAAAAUUGGAGUUUCUUCAGAGGAGAUCGGGUGGAACUAUUAUUUGGUCCAGACAAAGGGAAACAAGGGAUUGUGAAGGAUAUCAUACAAGAAAGAAAUUGGAUUAUUGUACAAGGAUUGAAUACAAAACUAAUAAAACAAGGAAAGACUAAAGAUUUUCCUGGACUUUGUAUGCUCGUAGAACAACCAUUGUUGGUCACUACUCAAGUUUUAUUAGUAGACCCUUUCGACUUGAAGGGAACUCCGAUUGAAUGGAGGUGGACUGAAGACGGUGAACACGUGAGGGUAUCUACUAGAACAAAUAGGAUUAUUCCCAUGCCCGUAUCGAGCGUGGAAACUAUAGAUUAUAAGACUCCUGAUGUAUACGUUGAACAGCCCAAAGACACUACUGCGGACGAUGUCAAAGAAAUAACGUUUCGACCGGAGUUGAAGACAUUCGAAAUGGAUAUCAUGGAGAAGAUGGACAUCAAAGAGGAUCGUGUACCAAAAAAAUAUUAUUGGUAUUAACGUUGUUGAAUGUAUAAUGUUUUUACAAUGUAAUGUAACAUGAUAAUUUACAAGCGGAUUCGUUCGCUGCGUAUAUAAAAUAGGUUUUUUUUCCUUAAA